CUGGCAGCCUCGGCGGCGUCAACGACCGCCUUUUAACCGAUCCACGUCAUGGCAGACUGGCUUCAUCGUCGUCUACCCUGCCAGGGCUGGCCAUCGAGGCCUGCAUCGAAUAUACACACAGCUCCGCGGCCAGCGCUCGCUUCCGAACUCGGUGGAGCUAUAAAACCUCGAGGCAUUUUCGCGCAUCUUCAUUUUCCAUUCCUCUCUUCCUCCGCAUACCUCCCUCUCCCUUCAUAGUGGUCUGACCCCUCCGCAGUGGAUCGAGUCCAACUCCCGUCCGUCUUUUCGCCACUACCACUCCCCUUGCUUCCUGUUCGCGUUCACACCCCGUCGUGUAGAUGGCAUUCCUUUCGUUGAACAUGAAGCUUCUCAUCCCACUCCUUUCUCUUGCACCCUUCGCCCUUGCGCGCCAUUCUGUGUGGUCGAGGAACGGUCAUGUAGAGCACGCGCGCCAUUUGUCGCGGUCCCUGCUCGACGCGGACAUCGACGUCUCUGCCAGUGUCGGUGCCUCCACAGGAAGCCCUCAGGCGGAUAACGGCACAGCGAAUGCUGGACAGCCUAAACAUAUCGACAUCGUCGUCUCAGAGGGCGUCGCAAACCCCGACGGCGGCAAGGAAAGAAUGGUCUACCUCAUCAACGGCGAAUUCCCCCCGAAACCGCUCAUCUUGUACCAGGGCGACAAUGUCGAGAUCGUCGUGACGGCAAACAUCUCGGAGGCGACGACUGUGCACUUCCAUGGGAUUGACCAGCGGGGGUCGCCGUGGUCGGAUGGGGUCCCAGGCGUCUCGCAGAAGGCCAUCCAACCUGGCGGUAACUUCACGUACCGCUGGAAUGCGCACCAGACUGGGCUUUAUUGGGCGCAUGCACAUAGGAAACAGCAGCAGGACGAUGGACUCUACUUCCCGAUCUUCAUUCGCCCUGCUAACGACACCGUGCGCCCCUUCUCGAAGCUGGCCGCCGUCGCAGGCGGUGACGCUACCGAUGCUGCCGCCAUGGUCUGGGCCGAGGCCAACAUGAAUAUCGUCACCAUCAACGACUGGCGCCACCGCCCGACGGAGGAGGUGAAUGCGCUCUGGGAGGAGGCGCGCAUCGAGCCUCUCUGCGCCGACUCCAUUCUGAUCAACGGUCGUGGAUCGAUGGUCUGCCCGCCCAUGAGCGAGCUUCAGUCUUUGGCUUCGACGCGUGGCUUUGGGAAUGUUACGGCUCAGGGUUGUCUACCGCUCAGCAACGAAAUCGCCAAUCCCUUCAAUGGAACGACCGAGGACAUACCCGAAGACAUGUGGAAGACGUGCAAUGCUACAGGUGCCGACCGCCCGCUGUACACGCUCGAGGUCGACCCGCAAGAGAAUGGUUGGGCCUCGUUUGCCAUCGUCAACGUUGGAGGGCUUUGGGAAUUGAAGUUCUCCAUAGAUGAACAUCCGCUCUAUGUCUAUGCCGUGGACGGCCAGUAUGUUGACACGACGAAGUCGUUCGAUACGAUCAGCAUUCCCGCUGGCACCCGCUUCCAGGUCAUGGUCAAGCUCGACAAGGAUGCUGGCUCGUCGUACACCAUCCGCGCUGCCGCGAAUGUCGUUCCGCAGAUGCUCACCGGCUACGGCGUCCUCCAGUACAAGGGCUCCAUCAAGCAGAACACCUUCGCCCCGCCCGCCCAGGGCUACCCGGCUUUGCCGCAGUCCAAGCCCUCCAUGGCCUACGACAGCAAGCCCGUCGCCGCCGACAACAACUUGAACAACACCAUGUCCGCGCCCGAAUUCGACCCCUUCGUCGAUGGCCCACCCUUCCCUGCGAAGCCGCCAAUCAUGGAGGGCAACACCACGCUCGUCACCCUCGACAUGUCGCGGCACAACGUGACGCGGUGGGCGGCGAACCAUACCGGGCUGCCGGGUACGCUGUAUGAGGACCACGACCCGCUGAUCUGGCCGGAGGUGUAUGCGGAGGUGAAGGAGGCCAUUGAAUAUGGCACGGGCUCUUUUGCGGGGAGUCUGGUCAUGGACGCAAUGAGCAUGACAAUUCUGCCGAAUGAUACGAUUGUGGACAUUCUCAUUAAGGUCCCGCCUCAUCAUCCUCCUCAUCCCAUGCACAAGCACUUCAACCGGUACUGGGUCUUUGGUCAAGGUCAAGGCGACUGGAAGUUUGGUAACGUCGCAGAAGCAAUCUCCGCGCUCCCGGACUCCUUCAAUCUUGUCAACCCAGCCGUCCGUGACAGUUUCAACACGCCCGUUUCUGACGAAACUGGAGCCUGGCUCGUGAUCAGAUACCGCAGCGAGAUCCCUGCUGCAAGCGUCAUCCAUUGCCAUAUUUCCCAGCAUCUCACCGGAGGCAUGACCGAGGUUCUCCUUGAAGGCGUGGAGCUUGUCCAUUUACCGCCCGAGUACUCUCCGCCGCAGUAGGGGCCGCUAAACCUCCUCCUUUGUAUUGCCUUGUUGAUGGACCUUCACUGUAUAUUGCACUACUGUCAGUCGCUAUCCUUGUAAAUUGCUUUCGAGCUACGGCUCUAGAUUGCGGUCAUCCUACCACAUCUGCCUCACUAAUUUACUUACAAUAUACAUGAAUAUCUUGCAUAGACAUAUACAGGGUGGCUUGAGCAGAA